UCCAUUGCUUUCUCUCUCUAUCGCUCUCUCUCUCUGUAAAAACCGCGUCUGUUACGGCGUCUCACUGGCGACGACGGAGCCCGGGGAAUACGGCGGAGCGAGUUUCGGCGAGCGGCGGUGCGGUGAGUACUGUGCAAUUCAACUGGCGGCUGUGGUGUUGAAGGAUUCAAAGCGGCGUGCAUGUGGAAGCGGCGGGAGUUUGUGGGGAUAAUAAAUAGGAAGAAGGCGUUUAAACGGAGGCGUGUUUGUUUGGAUGGACUAAUUGGAGUGGUGGAUCACCGACGGCCGUGAUGGGGGGGAAGUUGGUGUUCGGUGUGGCGGUUGGUGUAGCGGUGGCGGCUUGUGCGGUGGCGGCAGUGGUGGUCGGUCGGAGAGUUGAAAGACGGAGUAAGUGGAAGAGAGUGUUGAGAAUCUUGGAAGAGCUUGAGGCGGCUUGUGAUACUCCUGUGAAGAGAUUGAGGCAAGUGGUUGAUGCUAUGGCUGUGGAAAUGCAUGCUGGAUUGGCCUCUGAAGUGUGGGGGCAUAUUCGCUGUUCUUACUGGGUGGUUCUCCUUUUCUGUUCGUUUUCCAUCUUCAGGAGCGAGAAAGGAACCUUUUAUGCUCUGGAUCUUGGGGGUACUAAUUUUAGGGUUCUGAGAGUUCAUCUCGGUGGCCAGAGGUCUCUUAGUUUGAAGCAUGAUGUGGAGAUGCAGCCCAUUCCUCAAAAUUUAAUGACCGGCACACGCGAGGAUCUAUUUGAUUUUAUUGCUUCUUCGCUGAAGGAGUUCGUGGAGAAAGCCAAUGAUCCUGAUCAGUUGGCUGCUAGAAGAAGGGAACUUGGAUUUACAUUUUCCUUUCCUGUCAAACAAACAUCUGCUUCAUCAGGCGCGCUGAUUAAAUGGACUAAAGGAUUUUCCAUUGAAGACAUGAUUGGACGAGAUGCUGCAGAAUCUUUACAACAAGCCAUCGAUAGGAUUGGACUGGAUAUGAGGGUAUCAGUAUUGAUUAAUGACACUGUGGGAACAUUAGCUGUUGGACAUUAUCAAGAUCCUGACACUGUUGCUGCAGUUAUAAUUGGCACUGGCACCAAUGCUUGCUAUCUUGAACGUACUGAUGCCAUUAUCAAAUGCCAGGGGAUUUUUACAACAUUUGGGAGAAUGGCCAUCAACAUGGAAUGGGGAAACUUUUGGUCUUCUCAUUUGCCAAGAACUACUUACGAUGGUGAUUUGGAUGCUGAUAGCCCCAAUCCCAAUGAACAGGGAUUUGAGAAAAUGAUAUCGGGUAUGUAUCUUGGUGAUAUUGUGAGGAGAGUAAUUCUGAAGAUAUCUCAAGAAUCUGAUGUUUUUGGCCCUGCUUCUACCCUGUUAUCGAUGCCCUUCAAAUUGAGAACGCCAUUGAUGGCUGCAAUGCACGAGGAUAGCUCCCCGGAGUUAACAGAAGUAGCAUGGAUCUUAGAAGACAUCUUGGAGAUAACUGAUAUACCCUUAAAGGUUCGAAAGCUUGUAGCGAAAAUAUGUGACAUUGUGACACGUAGAGCUGCUCGCUUGGCAGCUGCUGGUAUUGUGGGCAUCCUAAAGAAGAUAGGGCGGGACGGAACCAGUGGAAUCGCUGGUGGAAGAAGUAGAACUAACAUCAAACUUAAACGAACAGUUGUUGCAAUUGAGGGAGGUCUAUAUACAAGCUAUACAAUGUUUAGAGAGUAUCUACACGAGGCUUUGGUUGAAAUACUGGGAGAGGAGAUCGCCCUGCAUGUUAUUUUAAAGCCAACGGAAGAUGGUUCGGGUAUUGGGGCUGCACUGCUUGCAGCUUCUUAUUCAGCCUACGAUACGGUAUCUGUGGAUAACUCGCUAUAAAUACACACACACACACAUACGUAAUUAGAUCGACUAUAGAAAAAGUAUUCAUAUACGCAAAAUGAUAGCUUCACUUAGCUUGUACAUUUAGCAAUUCAUUUCAAUAUUUGGUAAUCUGUGUAUAAAGAAGGCUGUCCAUAUUUUAUUUGUUAUUUUUCUAUUGUUCAAAGGUGACUGUGUUCAUUCUAUUGCAUUGUUUGUUAAAUUCAUUGCAACAUAUGAAGUUGUGAACAAUGACAGAUCAUGAUUUCAAGUGGGCAUGGAAAUAUAAUGUGAAAAUUCUUCCUCUUCC